AUGAACUUUGAAAAUAAGAUACAUGAUGUUGAUAAUGAUUUUGAGAUAAAAUUUCCUGACAUCAAGGAUUCUGAGAAAUCUAGAAAAGUGCAAUCGAACUCUUUAGAAGAUUCAAUCAUUUCAAGGAAUGUAGAUAAUUUUAGUGUUACGUCCAACAGCAGUGUCACUUCAAAAAUCUCUAGUCAUAUAGCCAGAUUUGAUAACAAUCUCGCUUGUGGAUCUAUGCAAAAUGAACAAACAAACGAGUCUGUGGAACUUUCUACAGAAAACAAGAUUAAGAUAACAACUGAUAAAUACGACAAAACUAAUUAUGUGUUAAAAGAAAUCUUAUAUGCUACCAAUUUUAAUUCAGUUGAUUUAUCAGAAGCGACUACUUUGCAAGACAAUACUUCAUCUUCUUGUAUUAACGAAGCAAACGUCAAGUAUAUCGGUAGUGGCACGUCGAUAGAAAAAUCAGACGAUAGCUUAGACAAAGAUUUUAGUAAGCGGCAAAAAUUAAAUAAGAUUGCAUGUAACAUCAGUACUGGAAACGUAAAUGACAAUACAGUGACGUUUCAAAAGAACAAAUCAAAAGUGAAACAGCGAAAUUAUCGUAAGAGACGAAAUAUAAUAAGUGAUAAUAAAGACAAUUCUAGUAAUACCUUGUCUAAUGAAGUAACAAGAAAAGCUCCCAUUCCUGAUGCAGAUGAAGUAGACUCGACUGAAGAGUUUUCGUGGAUAUCUGAAUGUGAAUGGAUUGAAGAUGAUGAUGAGGAUGAAGAUGGGGACGAGGACAAGGAUGAAGAAAUACCUCAUUGCCUAAAAAUAGAGAAACCACUUCCUAAUUGGCAUAUUGUACCGGAAGUGAUAAAUCGGCAAAUAUAUAGCAAUCCAUUAUUCCAAAGAAAAUUUUAUGGUUCUUUACAUGCAGUAGAACGACUCGAGCUUAUGUAUAAUCUUAACGAGCAACGGGGUUGUGUAAAUGCCUUAAAUUUUAAUCAAAAAGGAAAUUUAUUAGCCAGUGCCUCUGAUGAUUUAGCAAUUGUUAUUUGGGAUUGGGCUGUAGGAAAAAAGCGUCACUGGUUUAUAAGUGGUCAUACAAGCAGUGUGUAUCAAGUUAAGUGGUUGCCGUUAGACGUAGAGUAUUUUAUGGUCACUUGUUCUAUAGACGGUCAAAUACGUUUGCGAGAUCUUGAACACGACUCAUCGAAGAAAUUGGCAGCGCAUCGUGGACCAUCGCACAAAUUAGCUCUGCAUCCUGAAACACCACAUGUAGUCUUUUCUGCUGGAGAAGAUGCAAGGGUAUUCUCCAUAGAUAUUCGAGAGAGCAAACCAAAUGAAUUACUUGUAGUAAAGGAAGGUUCGUCAGAAGUGCAACUGUUCAGUAUACAUUCUAAUCCUUUUAAUAGUAAUGAAUUUUGUAUCGGCGGUUAUUCUUAUUAUGUGAGAGUAUAUGAUCGGCGAAAAGUUUUGAUGCCGCUUUAUAAACUGUGCCCCGACCACUUGACAGGGAAUAAGCACGCGCAUGUAACGUGUGCUGUAUAUAAUCACAACGGAACAGAAAUUCUCGCGUCAUACAAUGACGAAGACAUCUAUCUAUUUGAUAGAAUGUCUUUACAUGUAGAUUACGCUCAUAAAUAUCAGGGUCAUAGAAAUUGUGUAACUGUAAAGGGAGUCAAUUUUUUCGGUCCUAAAAGCGAGUAUGUUGCAUCUGGAUCUGAUUGCGGUAAUAUAUUCAUUUGGGAUAAAAAUACAGAAGCCAUUGUACAGUGGAUGGCAGGAGACAAGCAAGGAGUUGUAAAUUGCUUAGAGGGACACCCGCAUAUUCCCAUCCUCGCGACAAGUGGAUUAGAUUACGAUAUUAAGAUAUGGAUACCUUCGUGUGGAGAACCUCCGGUAAUGAAAUCAUUCGCAAAUUGUGUCAAGUCCAAUGCAAGGAAUAGGAAGGAAGAUUCAUUGGAUGGUCAUUGUUGGGACUUACUGAGUCUUAUCCAUCAGAGAGAGUCGUUAUGUGAUCUUUAUAGGCCUUAUGGAUACGAAGAUUGAAAUCGAGACAGUGACGAUGAUUAUCACUUAGAUGACUUCUCAAUGGACAGCUCGUUCGAGGACACCGAUAAUCAAUCGGAAGGCAAUAUUCGAAGAAUGCAGUGUCUUCCAUCUUAAAGUUGUUGCUUAAUUAACGCGAUAUUAUUGCAGUGAGAAUUAUAUAGCGUUCAAGGCAUUCAUAUUAGUCGUUUCACAAUUACAAUAAAUUCUACUGAAUAACUGUGUUAAUAGCUUUACAUAGCGGAGUGUAUAGGAGGGACAGUAUCGCAACGUAUCAAAGGAGCUGCGUAUUCUAGUUACAAUUGAUCUUUUUUGUCAGUUAGAUAUAAUCGGUAGUGUGACCUACAUAAGUUAGUUUACAAUUACAUUGUAAUUUUUGAAUAUAUACGUUGAACGGA